AUGGAGGAAACAAAAGAUAACUCAAAUAGCACAUAUAAGACAUAAUUUGACGAGAUUGAUAUCAAUGACACUAGUCAUCUAAAGACUCAAGAUUCCAAUUCUCAAUCUACAAAAUCUAAACACAAAAUUAAGAAUGAGUAAAAAGUUGUAAAGAAGAAGAAAAAUACUUAUAGAACACAAUGUCUCAAAGUUGGUGAGGUUAAAUGUCUAUUCCUUAGUUGGUAUAAGUAAGGUCGUACACCUUUGCUCACAUUAGGACCUUCAUGGCCAUUUACUAUCGUCUUGAUUUUAUUUGGGGUUUUUCUUGCAGUGUUUUUCAUUUUUAUGUCUAAAAUGAUCAAGCAUAAGUCUGUCUACACUGAAUUGAUACUAUACUCUCUGAUAAUUAUAAACAUUACAGCACUCUUUAUGGGCAUAUUACAAAAUCCAGGAAUCUCCUAACAAAUAUUUGACAUUAAACUAAAGCAAUAGCUAGGGAAAAAUACGGCAAAAGGAGUUUCUGAUUAAUUUGAUGAGGACAGUGAGAGUGACGAAGACGAUUUAGAAAGUGUUGGUCAAAAGAAAAAGGUGGAUCCUAAGGCUCAUAUCUAUUACAAUAACAUAAAGUCGCCACUUUAUUAGUAUUGCAAAUAAUGUCAAGUAUAAUAUGACAGAGAGACGUAUCAUUGUGAAGAUUGUGAUGUUUGCAUAAAGGGAUAUGAUCAUCAUUGCAUUUUCUUUGGAAAAUGUAUCGGAGAAGGAAAUCUUUGUAGCUUUUGGACAACUAUUGCAUUAGUCUUUGUAUCAUUUGUGGUAUUUUCUGGGUUCGUAUUUUUCGAUUUUUAUCAAAGAGCAAAUAAAACCGACUCAAAAUGA